AUGAGCGAAGUUAAAUCCGCGGCGGGAAAGUAUCAAGAUCGGCGGGGCGGCGUGCGAGCGCGCCCGCCGGCGGGGCCGCGAUGUAGGCGUCGCUCGCGAGCGGCGCAGCCGUACGUCCGCGCGCUCCCGCCGCGGCCUAACGGUGAAAUGCGCGCGCGCAGGCGACGGGCGACCUCUGCCUCUCCGCGGCGUCUGCUUUUUCCCGCCGAGCGAAAAUCACGCGCGUCUCGCUCUGCGCACGGACGCUGGCUGCGUCAGCAC